GCCAGUCCCGUGUGCCUCUGGGCUGCGUCUCCCUCCGAGGGAGACAGAGAAAGUGAGCAAGGGAGCAGACGGGGAGAAAGUGAGAGGACAGAAAGACAGGAAAGCCCAUCAGAGGAACAAAAAGGACUGACAGAACAGGAGGAGACGCGGGAGGAAGAGAGCUGUAGAAUCUCUCUUCUUCUCCUUCAACAAAACAGUCAUGGCUGAGAACAACACAAAUAUCCUUCAGGAAAUGCUUCAGACUUUUGAUGCUGUCCCUCUGGUCGUAGCUUUCUGUGUGUCCGUGGCGGUGGGCCUGUUCUUGGGGGCCCUGGUCUACGUGAUGCUGACCUGGAUGUCCAGACGUAAGGCGGGCUCUGCCAGCAUCACCCGUCCUCCGCCUCGUCAGCCACGCCCUUCUUCCCGCAGCCGCCCGGGAUUCAACCGCAACAGCAGCUACGACCGGCGCAGCAACAACAGCUUGGUCAGCGCCGCGUUCAGCUUCCACCGGCAGACCUCCUCCCCGGACCACCUCGACCCCCUGGGCCACAAAUCCAGCUUCAGAGCCUCGACUUUCCACCCUCUCCUCCAGUGCAGCCAGAUUGCCAGAGAGGCGGAGGAGGGGAGUCAGACCACGCUACCUCGCACGCCCACUCUGACCACGUCGACCGGAUCAGCGAAUUCAGCCGUGACCCCAUCCAGACCCGAGUCCUUCUGGGGGAACAACGGCCUGAGGGGCCUCCAUGCUACACAGACCCCACCUCCAGCUUAUGAAAGCAUUAUUAGAGCUUAUCAGGAAACGUGCACCUGAUGAGCAACAGCAGCAUAAUGACAGAAAGAGAAUGAGCCCAGAGUUGCAAAUGGAAUACAUGAUACUGAAAUUAAGUAAUACAAUGAAUCACGGUCAAACUCAAAUGUGUGUCCCACUCACUACAACAGCACUCUAAACCACUUCUGUAUGCCUUUGGGUAGAUUAUUAUAUAUCUGCUAUCAACACAAGCAUACGUGACAUUCAUCAGUCAGUACAACAAGCUAGCGGAUACUGUAAACAGUAUAGAUAUGACAUGACAGCAAGUAUUUAUCCUAAAAAACAGCAGUGUGUAUUUAAUGGUGACUUACACAGAACACAUGUGAACAGGGACAAGCAGAAAUCUCAAAUACACGUUUGACCAUUGUUUGUGCUCACCUAACAAAGAGCUUGGUGAUGCAUGUUCCAGAGGAAGAGGGGUGAAUGUGUAUGCAAAGGACACAGCUGGAAACAGCUGCAGACUGCUUUGAUGCCUUAAUUGCUCCCAUGCAGAUUUUUACAGAGCUGUGGUUUGGGGUGUCUGUGGCAUUCAGAGACUUUUACAGUACCACGUCUGGAUGUGUCUGCAGAUGCUGUACAGUGUGUGACAGCAUUACAGAGACGCACACAGAAAAGACGGUUUUUGUUGUCUUUGUAUAUUGUGUAUUGGACUUAAUUCACAGAAGUCUGCAUAUACGUUGGUGUAAGAAAGAACUAAAAGAAUUAAAGCCAUAAGACCUGACUUUACCAUAAAGUUAGUGGGUUUUGAUGAACACAAAGCAACGAUCUCACCUGCCUUAAGGCCACACAAUUAAUUACACUACCUACAAUACAAACUAAUACAAUAGUAUCAUCAGAUUAAGAUACUUAAGAUUGUGCUUCUUAAGGUCUAUUUUUGACGAUGGCAUUUAAAAAAUGUUGAUUUUAUUGAAGGACUAUGUUGCAUGUUUUGUUUUAAUGCCAUAUUGUUGUCCAGAUUAUUGCUUCUUUCUAUAAACAUCCUAAUGUUUACAACAUUUGUAUUUAUUAAAUUACUGUUGCAUUUGAUCGUCUUACAUACUGUAUUAAAGUAUUGUAAUGAA